UGGUAUCGUCGUUCAGCGACCGCUCAAGUACGGGAGAUGGGAACGUCAUCCGAGGAUGUCCUACUCGUCAUGAAUAAUGUCCGACACAAGAAACAUGACGGAGCUCUGUAUAUCAUGGCGUCGAGAGUCGCCUGGAUGCCGGACGGGAAGGAGGUUUUGGCCAUCUCACACAAUUAUGCCGACAUAAAAAUGCAGAAGAUCUCGUCGGAAGGCAAGGCGAAAGUGCAGCUACAAGUAGUUCUGAACAACAAUGAGUCGACAACGUUCAGAUUCGUGAAUCCCGAGGGACAGCAAGCUCAGAUCGCGAGCCGAAAUCAAGUGAAAGACCUACUGAUGCAGUUACUCCCGAAAUUCAAGAAGAAGAUCUCGAACGAUCUCGAGGAGAAGCAGAGAGUACUGCAGGAUGAUCCGAAGCUAUUCGAACUGUACACCAAUCUAGUUGUUGGCAAGAUAAUCACGGCUGACAAAUUCUGGCAGACCUACAUGCCAAAGAAAGAAUCGGCACAGUCGAUCGGGGUUACUGGCUCCUUCCUUGUCGACGUGAAGCCCGAGGCUAGUGAUGGCGGGGCAGGUUACAAAUACAAUCUGACUACGGAUACGAUAGACAAUAUCUUCAAGACCUAUCCAGCCGUUGAAUCAAAAUACCAAGAUUACGUGCCCCACCGAAUGAGCGAGUCAGAGUUCUGGACAGCUUUCUUCCAGUCUCAUUACUUCCAUAGGGAUAGAUUGACUCUCGGGAGCAAGGACUUGUUCGCUGAGUGUUCGAGGCAAGACGAAAACGAUCUCAAAACAGCAGUUUCCGGCGAACUCUCCAACCCGCUGUUCGACCUCCGUCUGCAUGCGGAUACCGACUUCUCUGAUCUUGCAUCACUUCCCCUGGCAGUGGACAACUCCAAGCUAACACCAAACCAAGCUCUGAUCAGACGAUUCAAUCAUCACUCGCUUAUGGUUGUGAAAUCGUCGAGGAAUACUGCAAACAAGAUGCAAAGUAACGAGAACAAGAAGAAUAUGCUCACAGAGAAGCUCAGCUAUCCGGAUCUCAAAAAAGGCCAAUCUGCGGGAGUGAACUUGGACCUAAAGAAGCCAGAUAAGUAUCAAACGGGACCGGUAGCCGAUCCCGUGGGUCAGCUUCCCUUAGCGGAGGCCGAGAGCUGUUUGAAUGCUAUAUCAAGCGAUGUCAAUCACUGGAAACUGAAUCCUUCAAAGACUCUCUCUUCGUCAUCGGCAUUGACGGCUCUGGGAGAUCUGAGCCCUGGCGGAUCGUUGAUGAAAACCUCUGGAGCUCAGAUAGGUGGCGUGAAAGGUACAUUACCGGACGCCGUGCAUCGGGAAUUGAUCCACGUACAGAUGGAACUGAAUGAGCUUCUUCGACAUUUCUGGCAUUGUUUUCCCGUUACGACCAAAGAACUUGAGAAGAAAUUAGAGAAUUCCAAAACCUCUGUGGAGAACUUCCGUUUCCGAAGGUUCAUCCCAUUCCGAGAUAAUGUCGCUAAGAAUUGUCAAAAUAGCGAGGUGACCAUUCAUAUGCAAUCCAUGAUCGCUGCAGCGCUCGAUAAGUACACGGUAUGGCGGAAGAAGAAACAGCAAACUCCUGUGAGAAUGGCGCCGCCCUCAAGCUUCGAUGAGAUCGAGAUGUGAAAAAAGUUCCGGGCUGUACAAAUAUUCGAGAGACACGAAACAUGAAUAAUUUUUGUCGUU